CCCCGAGCAGCUCUCGACGCGCCUCCAGCACCUGCACAGCACCUCUAGCGCCACUCUCCGCCAGCUCGCACGCCUCCGCACCGACUCCAGAGCUCCGUCGUCUUCAUCAGUCCCCCGGAUUUUCGACCACCCUCUCUCCCUUCACCAUGUCGUUCCAGCUCUCGAUGGACUGUCAGAAGCGCGGCAGGGACGACCAUGAGCAGGAGGUGUCGCCCUCGAAGCGCAGCAAGACGUUCGCCGUCGUCGACCCUCCUGUCGCCCUCCCGACCCCGGUCCCGACCCCGAUCGGCACGACGCUCGCCCAGCAGCAGCAGCGCGCCCUCGAGGCCAUGGUCGGCGGCGCCCUCGAGACGCAGGACGUCGAGAUGGGCACCGACGACGCGGCGAGCCUGUCGAGCAACCCGCUGCACCCGUGGACGGCCGCGCCGGGCAUGGUCGCGAGCCGCUCGCUGUCGGGCUCGUCGUGCGCGAGCUCGUCGAUGCCGACCACGCCGCUCGACCUCCCGUUCCACGACCAGUGGAUGCCGGACAACCAGGCCCACGCGCAGGCGCACCAGCAGCAGCAGCAGCAGCACAAGGCCGCCUACCCGUCGUCGUCCAACCCGACCUCGUUCACCGACAUGAACGGCGCCACGACCUUCUUCUCGUCGUCGCCGCCCCUGUCGCUGUACCCUCCUCCGCCGCCGACCCCGACCGCCGGCGCCUUCCCUCGCGCCAACCCGCUCGCCACCUUUUCGUCGCACGGCUGGGCGGCCUCGGCGGCGCCCGACCACCACCAGCAGCACUCGAGCCCGACCAAGGCGACGGGCGUCAUGCGCAUGGAGCCGAGCAUGGGCGCCGGCGCCGCCGUGCCGCGCGACGAGGCCGUGCGCGAACUCGACAUGCCGACGUACGGGUGGGACGCGUGCCGGGCGGCGGCGGCGGGCGAGGGGUCGCGCUCGGCGUCGGUUGCGAGGGGAGCGAGGGGGGCGGCGCUCAGGCGGUUCGAGGCGUGGAUGCUCGCAUAA